GCGGGCACCGCAGGAUUUCGCCUCCGCAAAGGCGGGAGGGGAGCCGAGCUGCGCUGCGUGGUGACGGGGAUGCUGGUUCACUGAGAACCAGGAACCGCGAGCUCCCGGGACCGCAGUGCCCUGGGAACGCAGCCGGGUCACUGAGCCCCAGAGCCUGUAGCCCAGGAAGGCGCGCACAGACCACCUGCCAGGCUCGAAUCCUGCGUCCCUCCCAGCAUCCUGGAGUCACAAGACAGGAGACUCGGAGCUGACGGGAUCUCAGGACUCUGGUCCCAGGCGCGCAGGGGCAGCACUGCUGUUCUGGUGCUGAAGCGCCGCGGUGGCGGAGGAGAGGGUCCGCCCGCGCUCGCGGUACCGCGCCGCAGCCGACGCGGGAGCUGUCCAGUGCUGAACACGGAUGCGGCCAGGCCCGCCGGGCUCCGACCCGAGCCUGCCGCACCCGGCGGAACCCGGACCCCGCGUCUGGGAGCGCUGACGCAGAGCGCGUGAAGAGCGGGGAGCAACGGUCCCCAAGCCGGGCAUGGACCUGCAGAGACCCGACUCCUACCAGGGGGGAGCUGGCCCUGACUUCAACGAGCACGUCCUUCACAAGACCAUCCUGGUGGGUGACAGCGGUGUGGGGAAGACAUCUCUGCUGGUCCAGUUUGACCAGGGCAAGUUCAUUCCGGGCUCCUUCUCAGCCACCGUGGGCAUCGGAUUCACAAACAAGGUGGUGACCGUGGAUGGUGUGCGGGUGAAGCUGCAGAUCUGGGACACGGCAGGGCAGGAGCGGUUCCGCAGUGUCACCCAUGCUUACUACCGAGAUGCCCAAGCUUUGCUCCUGCUGUAUGACAUCACCAACAAAUCUUCCUUCGACAACAUCAGGGCCUGGCUCACAGAGAUUCAUGAGUAUGCCCAGAGGGAUGUGGUGAUCAUGCUGCUAGGCAACAAGGCGGAUGUGAGCAGUGAAAGGGUGAUACGCUCCGAGGACGGAGAGACACUGGCCAGGGAGUACGGCGUUCCCUUCAUGGAGACCAGUGCCAAGACCGGCAUGAAUGUGGAGUUAGCCUUUCUGGCCAUUGCCAAGGAGCUGAAGUACCGUGCAGGGCAGCAGGCCGAGGAGCCCAGCUUCCAGAUCCGAGACUACGUGGAGUCCCAGAAGAAGCGCCCCAGCUGCUGCUCCUUCCUGUGAAUCCCAGCAGCUAGAGGAGGCCCCAGGAGGCCCUGGAGAUGCAGCGCUCUCCCGCUGACCGAUUUAUCCUGAGCCUCUGAGUCGAUGGGGGCCUGGGGGCCCAGUGCACAGCCCCGCCCUUAAGGCACUGGCACUCCUGUAGCUUCCCUGCAUCCUGGGGGAGGGGAAAACGCUUACAUUUUAUCUUAAUGAUACCUAAUUUCAUACUAAAGAAAAAAAAAAUGGUACCAGGAUUUCCAGAAAACCAAGAUAGGGACUGGUGGCCCUUUUGCCUUCUUGGAUUUAGGAUUAG